AUGGAAAUAGUUCGAAAGUCUUCUCCCGCUACAUCGCAGGUCACACCUACAAAGGGUCUACAAGAUGCAGUCAGCGAGUUUCGGAAGACUUUGAAUGAUGGCCAACGUUCAGACCUCGACAAACUCAAAGGUAUCCCUGAUGCUGACGCUGCGCUCGUUUUCACAGCCCAGCUAGACAGGUCCACCAGUCAGAGAAACUCUCCCAGCAAGGGCACUCGACUUGUAUCAGUCCUGCAAUAUGUCCGCGACUCUUCUGUUAUCAUAGACACCUUUGUCUCCUCGCACCCGGAGAUUGCUGCGCUAGUCUGGGGGAGCGUGAAGCUGACCAUGCAGGUGGUGCUAAACUUCGCUUCGUACUAUGAACGAGUCUCAGACCUCUUUAUGCAAUUUUCUGGAGACUGCCCCCGUUUUGCUGAGUACCAAGCCUUGUUUCCGAACUCGCCUGGAUUGCAGAAGGCGGUCUGCGAUUUCAACGCAUCAAUCAUCUAUUGCUGCAAGCAUGUCGUCGAAGCGAUACAACGACCUUGGCAAACACAUCUGCGAAACGCGUUCUUGCAGUCGUUUCAGCAGGAGUUCAACCCCGACCUAGAAAGGAUUCGAAGUUGUGGCCUUGAGUCAAAGCAAGAAAUCAAACUGGCAAAGGCGAGGGCCGAUCAACAGGACCAAAGACUCCAGCAAAUGGAGAGGAAAGCGGCAUCCAAAGAGAGGCAUAAGGUCAGGCAAUUGUUCUCACGAGUAGGAAGCGACCUCGACACAAUUAAGAAUGACCAGAUUCAGCAAGACAUUCGUCGAGCGGAGCAAAGCCGUCGUCAGCUUCUUGACUCACUAUCGUCUUACGACUACCUCUCACACUUCAAGAAAGCCUGCAAACUGAGGCACCCUAAAACUGCAGAAUGGCUUUUCCGAUCAACUGCUUUUACUCAAUGGGAGGAAGGACUUUCCUCGCCAUGGCUGUGGUGUUCAGGCAAAACUAUGGCAGCCAUUGACCCUACUUCAAGUGCAAGUGCCGUCGAACAUAUUUAUGCGCACGAGCGUAGGGCCAGAGAAAAUGUCACAUUCUUCUUCCCUCAUUUCGCCGAUCAGACACCGCUAUCUGCAGAGACUACACUUCGGUCGAUUAUCCGACAGUCACUCGACCUAGUGAGACUGUCCAGCGAUUGGGAAACACGUCUAAUAGAGCUGGAUCGGAAACCCUCCUCGGAGCUGGGCGAAUUAACAUCACUUCUUCGACAAGUAAUCGACCAGUCUGACACAUUCUAUAUCUUUAUUGACGCACUAGAUGAAUUUGAGCCGGCAGAACGACGUGCGCUUCUUGAUUCUCUGGUCUCAGUUGCCUCCGGGUCGCGCUUAAGAGUCUUCGUUUCUAGCCGUGAAAGCAUGUCAGGCGAACUUAGAGGCUGGAUUCCAACCAUUGAGAUAGUUUUGAUGGCAUCUCCGGAGGCCAAGAUCGACAUUGCUACUUUUGUUCAAGAGAUACUCCAAAGAAGACAGCAAAACGGAGAUCUUAUGGUUCAAGACCAACAUAUUGUUGAUGAUAUCAGACAGGCACUUAUUAAUCGUGCGGACGGAAUGUUUCUCUGGGUUACUUUCCUAUUAGAUGAAAUUUGUGCCCAAACCUGCGACGACGAUAUUACAGACGCCGUGGAACGUCUUCCAAAGACCUUGACUGAAACGCUGAGCAGAGCCCUUCGGCGCAUCAUUAAGCAGGGCAAAGCUGGAAUUGCAAAUAAAGCAUUCCAAUGGAUUGCUAUAGCGAAACGCCCUCUAACACUAGAUGAGCUCCGUGAAGCCAUCUCUAUGAAAGUCGGCCAACCAUCCUCCAAUCCGGGACAGCUAGUCAAUGGUAUAGAACGUCUGCCUACGUGGUGCGAAAAUCUCGUCCGUGUUGACGAAGAAUCGAGAACUGCAGAGUUUGCCCACAAGGCAGUUCACAAGUUCAUCGUCGAAGGAUCAUCAGGACCUGACUACGCUCAGUUUCAUUUCAAGACAGAAGACGCCGAUCAUCAUGCUGGUGAAAUUUGCGUCACCUACCUGAACUUUAGCGAGUUUGUGACAACUAUGACGCGACGGUCGCAAACAAUUAAAAUCGACCCAACCAGUAUGGCCCAUUCAGCAUUGAAGAACUCAUGGAACCUGCCCAAGUCGAUCAGUAGCGCCGUUAUCACAAUGCGCAAGAGUGUCCCAGCUGAGACUGACCCGGCUGGGAUACGGGCUACAUACAACAGGUCGGACGAUGCAGAAGCUAUAAACACGCUACAAGUCCAUCAUCCUUUUAUCAAGUACGCGUCAGUACACUGGAUUUCCCAUACCACUCGAUUCAGGCAUCGUAAGUCCUCGACAUGGGGAAUGUGGCAAGAGAUUUUCACUCAAAAACAUGGUCUGGCAAAGAUACCUUGGCUGAACCAAGAAGUGCCGGGAGGUUUAGACUCCAAUGUAUUUCCUUGGAGUUUCGCAAACCGUCAUUUUGCUCUCAUCCGAUACCUUGGACGUCUCGGCAAGAUAGGUGAUGCAGAGAUACGGGGGGCCUUAGACAGCUGUGCGACUGAUGGUGAUGUUGACUUGGCGAGCGCUCUACUUGAGACUGGACAUGCGGUUAGGAUCGCCUCGUCAAAUCUACAAGAAGCUUCAUUACGUGGCGACAUUGAAGUCGUACAGCUAUGGCUUUCUGUGGGGGCCAACGUCAACGAAGACUUUAAUUGUGGGCAUACUGCCUUGAGAAAAGCAUCAGAAAGUGGUCACAUCAAUGUCGUAGAGUUAUUGCUUUCCGCGGGAGCCAACGUCAAUGUACAGCCUGCUGAUGAGAUUGCGUGGACUGCUUUACAAGCAGCUUCAGAGGGUGGUCAUAUUGAUGUUGUAGAGCGAUUGCUUUCUGCGGGGGCCAACGUCAAUGCAGCGCCUUUUCAUGUGGAUGGAUGGAAUGCUUUACAAGCAGCUUCAAAGGGUGGUUAUAUUGAUGUUGUAGAGCGGCUACUUUCUGCGGGGGCCAACGUUAACGCCGACCCUUCUGAAUUGGGGUAUACUGCUUUACAAGCAGCUUCAGAGGGUGGUCAUAUUGAUGUUGUAGAGCGGUUACUUUCUGCCGGGGCCAACGUCAAUGCAGCCCCCGCCAGACUUGGGCAGACUGCUCUACAAGCAGCUUCCGCGGGUGGCCACAUCGAGGUCGUGGAGCGACUGAGAGCUGCAGGAGCCCACCUAUAA